GCUUAACACAAGGCCAGUAUUUGGAGGUGUAAGAUCUCGCAUUGGGGUCCAGCAAAAUCUUCUAAACAGAUCACCGCCAGCUGUUGGCUUCCAGCGGACGUUUGAUGCCCGACAGAAGAUAGGACUCACUGAUGCCCGACACAAACUGGGGGUUAAAGAUGCUCGUGAAAAACUGGUUCAAAAAGACGCUCGGUUCAAAAUCAAAGGGAAGGUGCAGGAUGCUCGAGAGAUGUUGAAUUCCCGUAAGCAGCAAAGUGUUGCUGCUGAAAAGGUGACCAAAGUGGUGGAUGCCAGAGAGAAGAUCAGCUUAAAAAGGAGCACUCCAGCUGCCAUCAGUCCAACUAUGGGGACAGUAAAUCCAGCCAUGAAAAUCACCAAAACUAUCCAACAGAAGGCUCCAGUUCCUGGGCACUCUCAUCCAGCAGGAAUGAGGAUCAAUGUGGUCAACAAUCAUACACACAAACAGGGUGUAUAUGACGUGGAGGACGAUGAUGAAAGUGUCUCUCCCCUUGCUAGCAAACAGAUGAAAAUCACCACUGCAAACAGUUUCCUGCACAACGCGACUGGGCUGAGUGGCAAUAAAUUCUCUCUGUCCAAGACUGUUCCCCUGACUAAAGUGGUCCAGAAUGAUACAUACACAGCUCCGCCUGCACCUCCCUCUCCUAUGCGGACGAAGGCAUUGACAAACAUGUCCCGGACCUUAGUGACAAAGGAGGAGCCUCCGAAAGAACCAGCACCUGUUGAGCUGGCGUUCAGUCCUUUGGAAGGCACCAAGAUGACUGUAAACAAUCUGCAUCCUCGAGUCACAGAGGAAGACAUUGUUGAGUUAUUCUGUGUGUGCGGCGCUCUGAAGCGAGCCCGGCUGGUGCACCCUGGAGUGGCCGAGGUAGUAUUUGUGAAGAAAGAAGAUGCUAUCACAGCAUAUAAGAAGUACAACAACAGGUGCUUAGAUGGUCAACCAAUGAAAUGCAAUCUUCAUAUGAAUGGGAAUGUCAUCACCUCAGAUCAGCCUAUAUUGCUCCGAUUGAGUGAUACCCCUUCAGUGAAGAAGGAAGGGGAGCCACGGCGAUCAAGUGCAAGCGCCUCUUCAAAUCCUCCAGCUGAGGUGGAUCCUGACACUAUCUUGAAGGCACUCUUCAAAUCCUCAGGGGUCUCUGCCUCUGUGCAGCCCACAGAAUUCAAAAUUAAACUCUGAAAAGGAGAAGUGAGCAGUGGACUGGAAAAUGCAUUUAAGUUGGGGAAUGAGAAAAGUUCAGGAGUGCAGAUGUUAUUUGCAUUUGCCUGCCUUGAAAUUUUUUGUUUUCUAUGAUCUCUACCUUACUGUACAGUAGUGUUUCCUCUUGUGUGUGUACUUUCUGUUUUCAUAGUUGGAGUUUUCUUCCAUGAUUUUUUUUCCAAAAAAGUAACCUCCCCCUUCUGCCAGUAAUGUAUUACCAAGCAUACACCAUGUAACUCCCUCCUUUACUCCAAAGCCCCUAGUGGCCAUUAAAAGUGCACAUAGACUUUGAGGG